AUGAAGCCAGUGAAGAAAAACAAAGCGGACGAACCUGAAUUGGAGCCCCUGUGCUGCUGCGAGUACGUAGAUCGAAACGGGGAGAAGAACCACGUGGCUGCUUGCCUGUGCGACUGCCAGGAUCUCGACGAAGGGUGUGAGAGGUGAGCGCGGCGCGGCUCCCGGUGCUGACCCCGCUGGCGCUUUUGAGAACUGCCGUGGGUACUUUCAGCUAAACCAUCAAGAACCCACAGUUUAGCCAUCCAGAAUCAAGAAUUUGUUCUUGAGUCUACCUCCAAGGAUCUCAAAUUUAAGAGUUGUCUUCUGUGUCACGUGUGAGGAUUUUACAAAGACUCUAGUGCACGACUGUUGAGCUCAGUUUACUAGGACAGUAUUAUUUUUCAUUUAAAGGGAGAAGGUGAAUGGAGAGAGCAGGCGGAUAAAGGGAUAGUGCAAGUUAAAUGUAGAAGAAAAGGAAAUGAAAGCCAGCAGAAUCUGUAGGUUUAAAAUGAAUGCAUUAGUACCAGAAAGUUCCUACAUUCCCUGUGGUCUCAGUAUUUAGAGACGCAUCCCUGGACUACACCUAAUCACAGAGGGUUCUGAGGAUUGAAAGAUCAUUUUCCUGGUGUUGAAAGUGGUCUCACCUCUUGUUUCUGGGGAGGAAGUCCAGCCAGAAGGCCUGUCCCUCCCCUGGACUGGCUGUUUUGAGCGUGAGCAACACUGUCUUGAUUGAUGAUACCAUAUUUAGCUUUUAUUUUCAUCAUCAUCGCGAGUAUUGGAAAUCAGCAUCCAAAAAGGUGGGUUACAUGUAAGUCUGUGCAGCCGGAGACUUGUGAAAGAAUCAUGGACACCAUCUCUGAUCGCCUCCGAAUUCCUUGGCUUAGGGGAGCCAAAAAAGUUAACAUUAGCAUCCUCCCCCCACUCAUCCUGCUGCCCAUCUUCCUCCGCCUGGCUUCCUGGCACUUCCUGCUGGGGGCGCUGGUCCUGACCUCCCUCCCUGUGCUGGCUCUGUGGUACUACUACCUCACUCACAGAAGGAAGGAGCAGACUCUGUUUUUCUUGAGCCUUGGACUGUUCUCUCUGGGCUACAUGUACUAUGUGUUCUUGCAGGAAGUGGUCCCCAAAGGGCGUGUGGGGCCUGCCCAGCUGGCUCUCCUUACCUGUGGGUUAUUUCUGAUACUCUUAGCCUUGUACAGAGCCAAGAAGAAUCCAGGCUACCUCAGAAGUGCAACCAGCAGUGACAAGUCUCAAAGCAGCAGCCAAACUGAAUGCCCGAGCAGCGAAGGGCAGGAGAAGACCAAAGGGUUCCCCAGUGCGGAAGCCCUGGGCAGCCUCAGCAACCGUGCGCUGAAGGCUGAGCUUCAGGGCUCUCCUAAGAUGCUGGCUGGAACCCCCACCAGGGCGAAGGACGACUGGUGCGCCAAGUGCCAGCUGGUGCGACCGGCCCGCGCGUGGCACUGCCGGAUAUGCGGCAUCUGCGUGAGGAGAAUGGAUCACCACUGUGUCUGGAUAAAUAGCUGUGUUGGAGAAUCAAAUCAUCAAGCAUUUAUACUUGCCCUUUCGAUCUUCUUGUUCACCUCGGUGUAUGGGAUAACGCUGACCUUGGACACCAUUUGUAGAGAUAGAAGCGUCUUCACAGCACUCUUCUAUUGUCCUGGAGUUUAUGCAAAUGACAGCUCGGCCCUGACCUUCACCUGUGUGUGGUACUCUGUGAUCAUCACAGCGGGCAUGGCCUACAUCUUCCUGAUCCAGCUGAUAAACAUCAGUUACAACGUCACCGAGAGGGAAGUCCAGCAGGCCCUUCGGCAGAAGACAGGGCGCAGGCUCCUCUGCGGGCUCAUCGUGGACACAGGCCAGUACAAUAGGGGCUUCCUGCGGAACUGGCACCAGUUCUCCACCCUGGGCACCCGCCCAUUCCAGCACCCCGCUGAGGACAUUGUCUGAAGUGCCUUCUGGACGGCUCCUCCCUCUGCUCCCUCCACUGUACACAUCAGUGUCCACGUGGGAUGUUCGUUCUUAUCCCCUGGUUCUUAAAGGCACUGUAGGGCCAUGCUCAGGUUUAGACACUGGACUGGGAAGAAAUUCAUUUUCCUGACUUCACAAUUUAAGAGAUUUUUAUAUUGGAGCAGUAAAAUUCGAGCCAUUCCUUUCCAGUCUCCUUGUUAACUAAAUCACAAGAAGUUGAAAAGGAUGUACAUUGCUGUUGCACAAAUUCAUAGAAGCAAUUUCUGUCCGUUAGAAUGGGGGAGCUGUGGAUUAGAAUAGUGUCUAGUCCCUCCUUCCAUUUCUAAUAGCCAUGUGACCCUUAGUCGAGUCACUUCCCAAGUCUCAGGUUCGUCUGUGAAGUGGGGUACCCUGCGCCCGCUCUGGCUGCUUUCCAGUGCAGCCGUGAGCGUCCUGUGAAGGAGGAGGUCUGCGGAAGGCGCGGAGGCACUGGAGCACCAGAGAGGGAGGAAGUACUACUAGGACAAUCCUAAGACUGAGAACAGCUUGUGUAGGUUGGAAUAUUGAAGCCAGUUUUAUUGGAGUAACAUCAGUUUUCAGCAUUUGAGAGUGAAAAAAGAUGCUCAAGUACCAUGGUGUACAAUUGUAGGACUUUGCCGUUCUGAAGUGUUAGACAUCACCUGCUUCAACAGGGCAGAAGACAACCAGAUGGGUUUAUGCUAUCAUCUGAUCUCGAAAAGACAGUUGAUAACAGUUACCACAGUAACUAUGAUGUAUAUUGGUCCAUGAGUUUAGAUGGUGAGGUCUUACAUUUAUCUUAUUUCUUACAUACUUACUCUGGAUUUACUCUGAAUAACUCCAUAGGCAUCAAUCUUGUUUCUCUCCUUCCAUGUUAUACCUAGUAAGGUGCUAGCGCCCUUGUGACCAUGGCUGGAAGGGCACAGAUACUCCUACGGGGAACACUUUACUCUCUUUCCUGGGUAGGGUGGCUGGCUCAUAUCAUGGGCUUGAUUUUUUUUUUUUAUUCAUAUAAGUAAUUCAAAGUGCUGUCAGUUAUAGCACUAAGUUGCAUAAACCAGUCUUCUGGCAUUCACAUUAUUCUGGCAUAAACUCUUUGAGGGGUUGAUUGAUGCCUUCCCACUUUACUUGCACAUUACUUUUCAUUUACCUUUCCCUAGAUAAAAGUAUCUCACUAGGAGAGAAAAAACAUGGUAUAUGGAGUUUCUACUAAUUAAUGUGUUACUCUUCUUCCCUAGCUCUUCCUAAAAUUAGUUGUUUCUUUGAUCAUAUUUCAAAACUGAAAAUGUAAAUAUAUAGAAUGAGUCUAUUCUGCCAUAGAAUUAAGAUGAAGCAACUUCAGUUAAC